GCCACCUUCGCACACGCACAUUAUACAAUUUACAUUAUUAUAUUUUAAGUGCACGUGUAAUACUUGACAAGUUUUGUAGCGAUCAUCAUCAUUUUUUUUAAAUAUUACCUAGUUGUAAUUUUAAUUAAAAGUUGCAACUUUUCAAUUGACAUGGAUGUUAAUGGAAAGGUGGCGGUUAACGGCACGGCCGGUGCGAGUGGCAAGAAAGUGGCCUUUAUUACCGGUAUUACCGGACAGGACGGCUCGUAUUUGGCGGAACUCCUACUGGAAAAGGGCUACGAAGUGCAUGGAGUGAUCCGGAGGUCCAGCAGUUUUAACACCGGACGCAUUGAGCACCUGUACGGCGACCCACUGACCCAUAGGGGCGGCUCAAUGCACCUGCACUACGGCGAUAUGACCGACAGCUCGUGCCUGGUCAAACUGAUACACGAGAUCCGACCGACCGAGAUCUAUAACCUGGCCGCUCAGUCCCACGUCAAGGUGUCGUUCGACCUGAGCGAGUACACGGCCAAUGUGGACGCGUUGGGCACUCUACGCAUUCUGGACGCCAUACGUACGGCCGGUCUGGAGCCGACUGUCCGUUUCUAUCAGGCGUCUACAUCGGAACUCUAUGGCAAAGUGCAACAAAUACCCCAAACAGAGACCACCCCGUUCUACCCCCGGUCUCCAUAUGGCGUGGCCAAACUGUACGGCUACUGGAUCGUGGUGAACUACCGAGAGGCGUACGGCAUAUACGCCACCAACGGUAUACUGUUUAACCACGAGUCGCCGCGUCGGGGCGAGACAUUCGUAACGCGUAAAAUCACCCGAUCGGUGGCGAAAAUUCACCUGGGCGAAAUGGAAUACUUCGAGCUGGGUAAUCUGGACUCGCGGCGCGAUUGGGGUCACGCCAAGGACUACGUGGAGGCCAUGUGGCUGAUGCUCCAGCAGCCGGUGCCCACCGAUUACGUGAUCAGUACGGGUGAAGCGCAUUCCGUGCGCGAGUUUGUCGAGUUGGCCUUCAAGCGCAUCGGCCGAGAGAUUGUAUGGGAAGGAAGCGGUGUUAACGAAGUGGGAAAGGAUAGGGAGACGGGUAUUAUCCGCGUGCGAGUCAAUCAAAAACACUUCCGUCCAUCUGAAGUGGUAACAGCACCCGUACCCUACCGUACGGCACAUCCACAACACGACCUGUCAUUGGCAUGA